UACUGCGAUAAAGAGUCAAAUUUAUUAAAACAAAUCCAAGAAAUGGAACAACAAAUUGACAAGCUGACAUCAGAAAUAGCUAUUCUUAAGACUAGGAAACAACCUUUCACCAUAAGCCAGAUCAUCAAUGAUGAAAAGAAGAUGCUGAUGUACACCUCCUUGAAAGUAGACAUGUUUAGAGUAGUGGACUCAACUAUUCAGAGAUUUCCAUUAACAUAAAUUAUGUCAACAACUGGACACCAGCAGUGAUUUCAAGAACUGACCAGUUAUUAAUGACACUGAUGAAAUUGAAGCUAAACUCUCCCAAUUUAGAUUUAGCUGAGAGGUUCAGCACAAGUAAGACAACAGUGCAAAAUAUUGUGGUUACACAUAUUUUUGCUUUGCAUGAGGUGUUCUUUGAGGGCAUGAUUGAAAAUAACAUUCCCUCCCUCUUAAAGUGCAAGUCCUCUAUGCCGACAAGUUUUGGUGAUUUUAAUUGUUGCCGUCUUGUGAUCGAUGCGACAGAGGUGACCCAAGACGUUCCAGGGCAGGAUAUGUUAGCACAGUCUCAAACUUAUAGCUCAUAUAAAAACAGGCACACCGUAAAAUCUGUUACAGGCGUUGCCCCUAACGGAGCUGUGGUAUAUGUAAGCAAACUUUACCCAGGAAGUACAUCUGAUGUGGCCAUUGUUGAACACAGUAAAAUGCUCUGCCAGUUGAAACCAGGGGAUAUGAUUCUGGCUGAUAAAGGUUUUACUAUUCACUCUCUCCUUCCAGCAGGUGUGCAUCUCAACAUCCCUCCUUUCUUGAAAGACAAAGGACAAUACACUCCUGCCGAAGUGCAACUGUGCAGAAAAAUUGCCAGAUCUCGUAUCCAUGUAGAGCGGGUAAAUGAAAGAAUUAAGAACUUUGAGAUAUUAUCUCACAUUCCUCACAAGUUUAGACAUUUAAGCACGAAAAUUUUUCAAGUAUGUUCUAUACUAGUCAAUUUUCAAGAUCCAAUGAUUGCAGAGAUUGCAGAUAAUUACAUUCAGGCUCAAGAUUUAGACACUCAUUAAUAUAUGAUAUAAGAAUGUAGAGGUGGAGCAAAUGUAAUUUAUUUCAUGAGAGGUUCCAAGUAUUUGUAAUUGUGUUCAGCUUUAACAUAUAUUUCUUUUAUGAUAUUGAUACCCUAAAUUGAUAUUGUAAAUGUAAGUGUAACAAAGUUUUGACAAACCCAACCUUGCUUCAAGUAGAGUGCUAUGUAUAAGUGCCAGGAAAAUAAAGGUUGUAUUAUAUGUAUCAUAAAUCUUGUAAACAACUUUGAAAAGAGCAUUUUAAGGUAAAUAGUAUGUUGUCAUUGACCUUUACAAAGAUUCUUUGAAAAUACUCCAUUUAUCAUUAUUUUUUGCAAAAAAGCAUGUAUAUUUUAAAUUCUAUAAUAUCAUGAAAGCUAGCAAAUUUUACAUAUGUUAUAGUAAAUUUCUAUUCUUUAUCCAUUUUUUUUAAUACAUCGAGUCAUUAGUCUCUUUGGAUAA